AUGAAGAAGAACAUUGUGAUCCUGGACAAUGGAGGCUGUACGAUCAAGACAGGCCUAGUCGAUUUGGACGUCGAACCCAGAAUAAUUCCCAACGCCGUUAUCAAAUCUAGGGGCGACAAAUCGACUUACAUUGGCCAUGAAUUCUCGGCCUGCCAGGACUUUACAUCCUUGCAUUAUCGACUCCCGAUUGAAAAGGGCUUUGUAGUCGACUGGGACGCGCAGAAAGCCAUCUGGGAUGGUGUCUUCUCUGAUCAAGUUCUGAAUGUCGACACCACAGAAUCGACGCUUCUGGUCACGGAACCCUACUUCAAUCUUCCCAACAUCCAGGACGUUUACGACCAGUUCAUUUUCGAGGAAUACGAAUUCCAUUCUUAUUAUCGGUGCACCGCGGCAUCGCUGAUUCCGUAUGGCACCCUAUUCAACCCGCAGUCUUCUGUGCCGCCGCCAGAGUGCAUGUUGGUAGUAGAUUCUGGCUUCAGUUUUACCCAUGUAGUGCCUAUCCUGCAAGGCCAAGUCGUUUGGCCUGCCGUCAAACGACUGGAUGUAGGCGGGAAGCUAUUGACAAACCAUCUGAAAGAACUCGUGUCCUUCAGACAGUGGAACAUGAUGGACGAGACCUAUAUCAUGAAUCACGUUAAAGAGACAUGUUGCUUCGUUUCAUCAGACUUUAAGCGAGACCUGGAAGUCUGUCGGUCCGACCCGCGACACAACGAUAUUGUUCGCGAAUACAUCCUGCCUGACUACGCCAAAAACAAGCCGGGACAGGUUCGACAGGACGAUACCCUGGUCACAGAUGCUGAUCAAAUCCUGGUGAUGAACAAUGAGAGGUUUACUGUGCCGGAACUUAUCUUUCGACCAGAUGACAUAGGCCUUCAACAGGCGGGUUUAGCGGAAACGAUCGCCCAUUCGAUAUCGCUCCUCCCCGAUGACCUCCAAGGAAUGUUCUGGGCUAACAUUGGCCUUAUCGGCGGAAACGCCAACUUCCAUGGAUUUCGUCAACGACUACAAGCGGAGUUGCGUGCUCUCGCACCAGUAGACUGGGACGUUGUUAUCUACGAAGCAAGCGAUCCAGUCACCGAGGCCUACAAAUCAGCUCUCCGAUUUGCCCAACGCCCAGACUUUACCCAGCAUUGCGUCACAAGGGCAGAAUACCUAGAAAGCGGUAGCAGUGCUUCUAGAAGAAAGUUCCGUGACUGGUCCAGUCAGGGAAGGUGA